AUGACAAUAAUGUAUUCCUCUAUCACUGUCCCAGAAUUUAGAGAGGCUUUCAACCUGUUUGACCGCGACCACAGUGGAUCUAUCUCCACGUCAGAGCUGGGCCAGGUGAUGAGGUCCCUGGGACAGAACCCCUCGGACACCGAGCUACAGGAUAUGAUAAACGAGGUGGACAGCGACGGUAAUGGCGAAAUCGAGUUAAAGGAGUUUAUAGAGAUGAUGUCAAGGAAACAGUAUCCAGAUCCAGAAGAGGAACUGAAAGAGGCAUUUAAGGUAUUUGACAAAGACGGUGACGGCUUCAUAAGCGCGGGGGAGUUGCGGACAGUGAUGGCCAGUCUUGGUGAGAAACUGACCGAGAUGGAGGUCAACGACAUGCUCAUGGAGGCUGAUAUCAACGGCGAUGGACGAAUAGAUUUUCAUGAAUUUGCACAGAUCAUGUCAUCCGGAAAAUAA